ACCUAUUGUCGCUGCAAUCUGAUCCAGCCCCCAAAUUGUCUUUUGUCCUCCUUUCCUUUUCGUUUUUAGGGUUUUUUAUUUUUAUAGCUGUGCACUCUCUCUUCUCUUCUCUCAAUUUCUCUUAUUUCUCAAUUGUCCCAAAUAUAUUCCUCUGAAAGAUUAUAGAUUAGUUUCUCUCCCCGAAAAACAAUUUCCCAUAAAGGAAAAAGGAAAAGCCGAUCUUGGCCUUCUUCUUUUUGUUUUGGGUGGCUGUUCUUCUCUUGCAUCUCGAUACUUUGGACGCAUUCUCCCCGGAAUUCGAUUCGCUGGAAAUACCCGUCACCGCCGGGCGUUUCGUGAGGCUGAUUCCUUCUCCGGCUUGAUUCGUCAGUGAAGUCUUUGGUUGAAGCAUAUGGAAGGAAUUCAGAAUCCUACACCUCGCACUGUCGAAGAGGUGUUUAGCGACUUUAGGGGUCGAAGAGCUGGUCUCCUCAAGGCUCUCUCAACAGAUGUACAGAAGUUUUACAAUCAGUGUGACCCUGAGAAGGAAAACUUGUGUCUUUAUGGACUUCCGAAUGAGUCAUGGGAGGUUAAUCUUCCCGUUGAGGAGGUCCCUCCGGAGCUUCCUGAACCAGCUUUAGGCAUCAACUUUGCAAGGGACGGAAUGCCAGAAAAAGACUGGAUAGCUUUGGUUGCAGUUCACAGUGAUUCAUGGCUUAUCUCUGUUGCAUUCUACUUUGGUGCACGUUUCGGAUUUGGUAAAAAUGAGAGGAAGAGGCUCUUCCAGAUGAUAAAUGAUCUCCCAACCAUUUACGAGAUUAUAACUGGCAAUGCAAAGCAAUCCAAGGAUCUGUCUGCUGCUAACCACAACAGUAGCAAAAGCAAAUCCAGCAGUGGCAAGCCUCGUCACUCCGAAUCUCACACUAAGGCUUCAAAGAUGUCCCCACCACCAAGAGAUGAAGAUGAGAGCGGAGAUGAUGAGGAAGAUGACGAGCAAGGUGCUGUUUGCGGUGCAUGUGGAGACAACUACGGAGGAGAUGAGUUCUGGAUUUGCUGUGAUGCUUGCGAGAAAUGGUUCCAUGGGAAGUGCGUGAAGAUCACACCUGCAAAAGCUGAGCACAUCAAGCAUUACAAAUGCCCGAGUUGCAGUACCAACAAGAAAAUCAAAACUUGAAGGUUGAUGAUACAUUAGGGACUGUGAAGGAAGGAGAAAGUUUUCACAGUUGAACGAAGCGACAGAAGAAGGGUUUUAGCUUGAGAGGAGAAGAAGGAAAAAGUCUCUUGAUUGUGUAGUAGUCUUAAUGGGAUUGAGACAGCUUACAGUUAGUAAUGUCUCUCUUCUUUUCUCUCUUUUUCUUUUUCUUUUUCGAUUUUGCACUUUGCUGUUAAUGUCAAAAUGCUGCGACUAAUUUGUCUUUAUGUUUCUAAGAAAAUUCUGUCUUUAAGCACUCUCUUAAUUCUAUGUCAACUAGUUUCUCCUUAUUGGUUUUUUACUUAUUUUACAACUUUGGUUCCUUGAAAUUC